GAGGGGGAGGAGGGGAUGGCGGCGUGGGGCGGCACGACGCAGAAGUGCGCCUCCUGCGGCAAGAAGGUGUACCCGGUCGAGGAGCUCGCCGCCGACGGCCGCGCCUACCACCGCCCCUGCUUCCGCUGCCACCACUGCAAGAGCACCCUCCAGUUUAGUAAUUAUUCUUCCAUCGAAGGUGUCCUGUACUGCAAACCUCACUAUGACCAGAUAUUAAAAUCAACUGGCAGUUUGGAAAAAAGUUUUGAAGGUGUGACAAGAUCAGCUAAAUCAGAAAAAACAAAUGGGCCUAAGGGCCAGCAAAACAGCAGAUUCUCUAGCAUGUUUGUUGGCACGCAAGACAAGUGUGUAGUUUGUAACAAGACUGUGUACCCUCUUGAAAAGGUUGAUCUUAACGGAGGCUCGUAUCACAAAUCAUGCUUCCGUUGCACUCAUGGUGGUUGUACACUCAGCCCAUCCAACAAUGUCACGCAUGAAGGCAAACUUUAUUGCAAGACCCACCAUUCUCAGUUGUUUAUGGUCAAGGGAAACUUCAGUCAGUUUGAAGAGAACACUGCAAAUGCAAAAGUGGCUGUCGAGAAACUACCAGAAACUGGAGAAGCCACCAACAAGCCAGGUCAAGGUGAUGAAGUCGGUGAGAAGACCUCAGAAAAUGAGCUCAUAGCUGAUGAACCAUCCCAAAAGGAUGUUGCAGCUGAAAAACAAUCACAAAGUAGCAUUGAUGUUGCUAAACCAUCAGAAAGCACAGUCAAGAAGUCAGCGGAAAGUGAAAGUGUUACUGAGAGCGAGUCAAAGAGUCCUGUAGCUAACAACAAGCCAUUAGAAAGCAGUGCCGAGAAGCCACCGCAGAGCAGUGUGGUUGAUUCCAAGCCAUCAGGAAGCAGUGUAGCAAUAAGAAAACCAUGGCAACGCAGUCUUCCCACAAAUAAGCCGUUAGUGAGUAGUGCAUCCACUGAAAAGCCAUCACCGAGCGAUGCAGCCAUUGAGAAACCGUCAUCCAGUAACGGGACUAAUGUGAAACCGUUGGACAGCAGCACAGUGGUAAAAAAGUCAUGGCAGCGCAGUCUACCUACUGAUAAUCCACAGCAGAGCAUGUUACCAUCGGAUAAGCCAGCAUCAACCAGUGCAGAUGAUGUGAAGUCAUCAGAAAGCAGCAAAGUGGUCAAAAAAACAUGGCAACGCCCUGUGGUUGCUGAGAACCAGAAACAAAACAGUGGACCAACUGAGAAGCCGACACCGACGAGUGACACGAAGCCAUUAGAUAGCAGCACAGCAAUUAAAAGGCCAUGGGGCCGCAGAAUAGCCAGUGAGAAAUCUCUGCAGAGCAGCGAGGUUGAUAUGAAACCAGUGGAAACCAGUACAGUGGUCACUGUUCUACAGCAGCCCAAUGAGGAACCUCCACAAACUGAUGCAGCUGUGCUACAGCAGCCCAGUGAGGAACUUCCACAAACUAAUGCAGCUGUGCUACAGCAGCCCAGUGAGGAACCUCCACAACCUAGUGCAGAUGAUGUGAAGCCUACAGAGGACACUGCAGUAGUAGUGAAAAAGCCAUGGCAAUUCAACUCGAGAACCGAGAAGCAACCCCAGACUAGUGUAGUCGAUGCAAAGAAAACAGAAAGUACUGGAGCAAUCAAACGGCAGUGGAAGCGCAACACUUCAUUUGAGAAGCCAUCACAAAGCAGCGCAGCAGCUGUGACAACGACACAAAGCAAUGUGACAGUCACCAAGCCAGCCCCGAGCAACUUUGCCGUGAAGAAGUCAUGGCAAAGAAGUAUAACUCCAAAAAAUCAGGCAGCGAGUGAUAUGGCUACCAAUAAAGCAUUGCAAACCAAGGCAGUGAUCGAGAAGCCAUCACAAGAAAGUUCUCAAGAGAAACCAUUACAAGAAAAGGCACCUCAAAUCACUGUGAUCACCGAGAAGUCACCACAAGGAAGUUCUCAAGAGAAGACAUCGCAAGAAAAAGCGCCUCAAAUCGCUGCGAUCACGGAGCAACCAUCACAAGAAAGCUCUCAAGAGAAGUCAUCUGAAGCAAAGACACCUCAAAUUGCUGCAACCUCCAAGAAGCCAUCACAAGAAAGUUCUCAAGGAAAGGCACCUCAAAUAGCUGCGAUCACCAGGAAGCCAUCAGAAGAAAGUUCCCAAGAGAAGCCAUUACAAACGAAUGAACCUUCUGAGGAGCAACUUAAGACUGAAGAGACUGUUGAGAAACAACUUCAAAGUGAAGAUAUUACUGAUGCUAAACCACAAAGGGACCUGAUGACACAAGAUGAUGUCUCUCUCAAGAAGAUACCAGAGCCUGAAAUGGAUGCCACUUCUGGUGAUAACUUGUCAGAUUCUCAAAGUAAGCCAAUUGUUGAGCAGACGUUGCAAUCCCAAGACGUUGUGGUUCCUCAAGAGGCAACUGGCCAGAUAAUGGAAGCUAAAAAUGAUGCUGUCAUUGAGCAGUCAUCAGAAUCUCAAUGGGUUGCACCGGCUGAGGUUACAGUGGAGCAACCAUCGCAACAACAAAAGGAUGCAUCCACUGAGCCUAGUACUGAUGCAAUUGCUAAGGAGUCAUUGCAGCCUGAAUUUGACACAGCUACCGUGAAGCCAUCAGAACCACAAAUAGAUGCAGCUGCUGAUCAGUCGGCUGAGCAGCUAUCAGAACCUCAAAGUGCCGCAUCAGUGGAGGAGCCAGUAGUCCAUCAAAGUGACGCCUCUGCUGAGAAGCCAUCCAAGUCUCAGGGUGAUGCAGCUGCUGUUGAAUUAUCAGGACAGCCAUCAGAGCCUCAGAACAAUGCAUCUACUGGGAAGCCCUCAGAACCUAAAGUUGAUGCAAUUACCGAGGAGCGAUCGGAACGUCAGACCGAUGCAACUCCUCAUAAUUUAACCGAGCAGCCAUUGGAACCUCAAAAGGAUGGGUCUAUUCAGAAGCCACUCGAGACGGAGACUAACGUUGUUACUGAUAAUCCAUCAGAAAGCAGCUUAGCUACUGGAACACUGCCUGAAAGCACUCGAAAGAUUAGCACUACCGCCGAGGAACCUGCACAGCGUGAGAUUUCUGAUGAGAUACUGACACCGCCUCAAAGCAUUGCACUAGAAACAACACCAGAAAGCACCCCAUCUAUUGAGGAACCCGCAGAUGUCGGUGAGGCCAGUGUUAAGAUAUCAGAGGACAGUUCAGCUCCUGAGAAGCCAUCAGAGGAUGCUCCUGUAACUCCUAAGAAGCCAUCAGAGGAUGCUCCUGUAACUCCUGAGAAGCCAUCAGAAGAAGUUAAGGCAAGUGUUCAGCCAGCAGAAGACAACGGGGCUCUUAAGAAACCAUCGGAGGAAGACGAGGUGAGUGCUGAGCCAUCAAACAUACUGGAUCCCGAGAAGCCAUCAGAGGAAAAAGAUGAUGCUAAGCCAGUAGAGGACAGCGUGGCUCUUGAGAAGCCAACUGCUGACAAACUUUCAGAGGAAGACAAGGUGAGUGCUGAGCCAUCAGACGACAGAGUGGAUCCUGAUAAGCCAUCAGAGAAAGAAGUUGACACUGCUGUCAAGCCAUCAGAGAAAGAAGUUGACACUGCUGACAAGCCAUCAGAGGACAGCAUGGCUGUUGAGGAGCCAGUCACCAACAAACCAUCAGAGGAAGACGAAGCCAGUGCCGAGUCAUCAAACGUCAGAACAGAACUUGAGAAGCCAUCGGAGGAGAAAGAAGACGACACUGUGAAGCCAUCAGAGGAUAGCACGGCUCUUGAGAAGCCAUCCACUGACAAACCAUCAGAGGAAGAAGAAGGCGCAGCCCGCGAGAAGGCGUCACACGCCGAUGCUGCCAUCGAGGCACCAUCGCACGACGACACGGACUCGGCCACCGACAAACCCUCGCCUGCCACAGAGACGAACAUACCAGCCUGAGCUCGCCAAGACAGCGGUCAGCCGGGCACAGUCACUGCGCAUCAGUGAACAGUUUUUAACCAGGAGAAGGAUCGAUACUACCGUCGAUAGUUUUGCGUGCCGUUUUGCUUUUUUUUUUUGUCUGUACAAUGCUUGAGUUGUAAAAUUUGAGGAGAGAAAAGAGAGAAGGAUAGAGUAUUUACUUGGUUUUACUCACCCACAGGCAAUAAACCCCUCCCCACAUUAGGAGGAGGGCAGCAUUGUGGUCUUUUUAAUUUUUUUCGACAGAUAUUCCUGUUGGUGUGGCGUGCUUUGGUUUGUUGCUCAUAUUUUUGGUUGUAUAUCAGAUAUCAGAUGAUGUACAUGAUGGUUUGGUUCA